GGAUGUGAUGGUUCAGUAUUAUUGGACAGUUCCGGAACCAUGGAAAGCGAGAAACGAUCAGACUCAAACAAAGACUCUGCUAGAGGGUUCGAAGUCAUCGACGAUAUCAAGUCUGCCUUGGAAAAUGAAUGUCCUCAAACAGUUUCAUGUGCUGAUCUUUUGGCUCUCGUCGCUAGAGACACCACUGUUAUUACUGGUGGACCGAGUUGGGAAGUAUAUCUAGGAAGAAGAGACGCAAGAGAAGCAAACUUGGUUGGUUCCAACAACAACAUUCCUCUUUCCAACUCCACGUUUGAGACCCUCGUCACCAAGUUCAACGUUCGAGGACUGGAUCGCACCGAUCUGGUUGCUCUCUUAGGAGGUCAUACGAUAGGAAACUCAAGGUGCAAGAGUUUCCGACAAAGGCUAUACAACCAUUCUGGAAACAGCGAUCUUGAUAAGACUUUAAAUCAAAACUACGCCUCUCUGUUGCAGCAGGAAUGUCCUAUUUCCCGUGACGACCAAAAGCUCUUUGCUCUCGACUAUGUGACGCCGACCAAGUUUGACAAUUACUACUACAAGAACCUGAUGACGUUUAAAGGACUCUUGAACUCUGAUGAGAUUUUGUUCACAAAGAGCACAGACUCCAUGGAGCUGGUCAAGCUUUACGCGGAGAAUGAAGAAGUGUUCUUUGAACAGUUCGCGAAAUCGAUGGUGAAGAUGGGUAAUAUCUCGCCCUUAACGGGGGAUAAUGGUGAGAUCCGGAGGAUUUGCCGGAGGGUUAACCAUGAAGACGUUUAG